AUGCCAAAAAUUCAAGCAAGACAUCGCCUUGUCCCUUCGACUGGAGGUGACUUCUUUGUUGAUGCAAGUUUAGAUGACAGAGGUGUGCGUGCACUAUCUGAAUGCCCAGUGACGAGGACGAUUCUUGAUAGUCGUUUUAUGGGUGCUGUUUGGCAUGCCGAAAAGGCUGUGUAUACUGAACAAAGGGAUUAUCUAAGUUUAGAAAUGAUUCUAAGGAAUCAGCACGUUUCUAAUACUACAGGUACUUCUGGUGUUGAUUCCAUAAUGAAGUGA